AUGACGUGGCGGGGCCCGGAGGUGGUCCGAAAGUGGCUGGCGCCUUUUCUAGGUGCGGAGGUGAAGCCACGAUGAAGCCUGUGCGGUUUGUUUACUGGCGGCAGCUGAGCGGUUCCCGCGACGCGCUUGCACUUUAGAGGAGGAAGGGGCCGCUGCCUCUGGCGGGGCUCUAGCAGCCCAGAAUGGAUCCUUUCAGCUUUACAGAUCCCUUUGCCUAUGCUGAAUUUAUGAAAGCACAGGGGAAUCAUGACUUCAAAAAUGGAAACUAUUCUGUGGCCAUCAGAAAGUAUGAUGAAGCAAUACGUGCAUUGCUUUGUUCACAUCCAGCAGCACGGGCUUUUCACAGCCGAGAAAUGGCAGUGUUGCUGUGCAAUAGAUCCAAUGCCUUUUACAAUCUAAAUAAAUGGGAUGAAGCAUUUUUCUCAGCAGAAGAAAGUAUCCGCUAUGAUCCAACUUACGUUAAGGGCUACUACAGAGCUGGUUACUCUCUGAUUAAAUUGUCACGGCCUCUAGAUGCAGCUGGCGUAUUUUGUCAGGGUUUGAAAUUUCUGCUGAAUUCAAGAGAUGUGAUUCAAAUUUCAGAGUUUAUAGUUGGCAUCUUCUCAAGUGCUAACAAUGAAAGAACUAUUGCCCCACAGAUUUUAUCUAUCGCUAAAGGAAUUGUGAAAGAAAAUUUUGGUCCAUCAGCUUGGCAACUGGUGAUUGAGAAGCUGGUCAGGAGAGGACAAUGGCAGGCUUGUCUGUUGUUGGCUGCUGAAAAAGACAGGUUGCCAAGGGAUCUGCGAGUCACCAAUUUAUCGUUGAAAGACCUGUUUGAUAAAUAUGUUCUCUUCGGCCUGUAUGAGAGAAUGGAAAGGAUACCCAAACUGGUGGAGUGGCUGAUCUCCAUUGGAGCAGACAUAGACACUGUUGGCGCUUAUUCUCUUCAUGCGGUCAUCAAACUUUGUAUCAAAGCAAAAGGAAACCACCUUUUCAGAUGGCUACUUGACCAUAAACCUGAACUGAAGGCUCGUAUCAACCAGCAGAAUGAGGAGGGGUCCACAGUUCUUCACAUUGUAGCAUCCCAAGUCAGUGGAUAUUCUUCAAAGAGUCAAAUUGAAGAUGUGGUGAUGCUUCUAAAUGAAGGGGUGGAUCCAAGGAUCCGUGAUGUGCACUCAAAGACUGCUAUGGAUCUCUUCAAAAAGAACAAGAAAUUCAGGCCUGUAGAAAUAAUCAAUAAGUACAUGGAGAGAAAUGCCUUGUUUUCUGAGGAAUCAUCAGUUGCAGAACAGACUGAAGCUGAAGCCUUGCAAGCUACUGUUGCUUUGCUGCAGGAUGCUUUUGAGCAAUUUGAGAGCUUUUGCCAUUUGGAAAGCAGCGCACGUGUCACCAACCUGCUGGAGCAUAAAGCUGUCCAUAGGCUUUUGAAGCUGCUGUCUACAGUAAGAGAAAUCCCUGAAGAGAUGGUCUGUGACGUUCCUCCUGUGUAUGGUAGCAGCUUGAUAAAGCUAUUGCUAGAGAAGAAAAAGUGGCAUGAAGUUCUGUUGCUGCUGACCCGAAAGGCCACAAAGGAGAUGACGUCAGGAAACGGUCCUGUCAAAAACUGUGACCUCUCGGAUCUUGACAUCAGUGCUGUCUUGAAUCACAUUGACAGGAGUGAUAAGCGACGAGUACAGCUCAUAAGAUGCUUGAUAGAGAGAGGAGCAUCACCUGAGGGGACCGGAACCUUCUGUGAAAAACCACUUCAGAAAUGCUUGCAAACCCAUGAUUUUGAGUUGGCGUAUUUGCUGCUGAGCUCACACACAGAUCCUCGGGUUUUGUCCAUUGUGGAAGGUGACACUCCUUUACAUGCUGCAUUGUCCAUUUGCUUUGACCACAAAGAUGACAUUGGUUUGGAGUUCCUGAGCUACCUUUUAGAUUUGCAUGUUUCAAAUCCAUCCACAUUUCCAUACCUUAAUCCCAACGUCCAAGAUAAGAAUGGAAAUACAGUAAUGCACAUUAUUUUUCAGAAAGGUGUGACAAAGCAAGUUAAGAAAAUGCUAAGCUUGCUAGCAAAAUUUGAGAUUAAUUUUAAUUUAAAAAAUACUUUGGGGAGAGAUGUGCGUCACAGGAAGAAAAAAACUGAUCCAGUGGUUAUAGCGUGGAAUGAAGCCGUAGCUGAGAACAAGAAGAAAUGUCGAUACAAUGGAGUCCCGCAAGUAGCUCGGGUUGGAAAGUCAACUGCAGGCUGCAGCAAAUCCCAGCUCAAAAGCACAAACCAUUCUUCAUCUGCACCAGUAUCAAAAAUACCACAUGGAAAAUUGCCAUUGGAUAGAGAGCCAAAACUAGAUCCUGCCUGGGAAGAGGCAGAAGAUGCUGCAGUGAAAAGUUUGUCAUGUAGAGACAUCAGCAAGCCACUGACACUACGAGAAGGUCUUGGGCGAGAAAUUGCGCAUUUAAUCCAGAAAUUGGCAUUGGGUGAAGUCUUGAUGAAAACUAGUUUGGUGACAUCUGAAGCACUAAAGCUAUCUACUGUUGUAAUCAAAGAUGAAAAGGGUGAGCAUCACAGCUUGAGGCAUGAGGGGUUAACUGAUAAUGUUUACAUCAACAGUGGAGAUCCAGUGGGGAAGGCCCAUGAUGAGCUUAAUUACUCCAAAGAAGAAGAGGAAGAAGCCACUGAAGACGACCAACAGAUUGAGGCACCCACUCAAGACUUCGAUAAUAUGACAUGGGAAAUUGAGUGCACAUCCGAAAUGCUGAAGAAGUUGGAGAGCAAGGGCACUCCUCAUUACAUAAAGAAGAAAAUAAUCUUUGUAAUUCAACAACUAGGAAAUGGAGAAUGGACGCAGGGUCUGCAAAAGCGGCUGAAGCAUCUGAACACUGACAUCCAACUCUAUGAAGCAAAGUUGGACAAAGGGGCAAGGAUGCUCUGGGAGCUUGCGAUAGACUUUUCUCCCCGUUGCAGUGAGAAUGCAGAAACGAUCAUAGAGCAUGAGUAUUCUGUUCAUCCUGUGGAAAAAACAGGGAGAAUCUACACUGAAAUCAUUCGGAUAUGGGACAUUGUACUAGAUCAUGGCAAACUUGACCAGGCUAUAAAAAUCAUAUGUAGUGCAUAUAAGCGUGGGCUUUCUUGCAUCCUGAGGAAAAAACUGAAAGGUAUAAAUACAGCUCUCAUUUCAUCUAACUUGAAAACGCAAAAGCGCAUCCCUCGGUUUUAUGUUGAAGACAGCAAGCCAGAGAAGUCAAAAGGUCGUGACAUGCCUGAAUAUUUUCCCCCAGCUAGUGCAGUGGAAACGGAAUACAAUAUAAUGAAAUUUCAUAGUUUCAGUACUAACAUGGCACUGAACAUCAUAAAUGAUAUGACUUCUACCAUUGAAUAUCCUUUCAGAGUUGGUGAGCUGGAGUAUGCAGUCAUUGAUUUGAACCCCAAGCCGUUGGAGCCAAUUAUCUUAAUUGGACGGAGUGGAACGGGGAAGACUACUUGUUGCUUAUAUAGGCUUUGGAAGAAAUUUCACUCAUACUGGGAGAAAGUAGAGUGUGCAGGAGGUCCAUUGCUGGUCCGACAGAUGUGGCACAGACUAAAAUUUGAAAUGCAGUUGGGAAAUGCAGCAGUUGAGAAGGACGAUCACAAUGGGAAACAAGAUGGUUGCAACUCCGAUUCUGCCGAACUGGAAACAAUUGAAAGUACAGAUGAUGAGCAGCAACCAGAUGAAGAUGACCAAGAUUCUUCAGGGGAAAAUGACCCAGAAGUAAAUUUGGUUUAUGAUUGUGGAGCAGAAGAUGGACAUGCCACAAAAGAGUCUGAAAAACUCGAACAUUUGCAUCAGAUCUUUAUAACUAAAAAUCAUGUUCUUUGCCAAGAAGUUCAGAGGAACUUCACUGAACUGAGUAAAUCCUCCAAGGCAACUAGUCAUUUCAAGCCACUUGAAGCAAAUAUUUACAGACUUCAGGAUGUUAAAGAUGAAAAUUUCCCCCUCUUCCUCACAUCAAAGCAAUGGUUACUCUUACUCGAUGCCUCAAUGCCAGACCCAUUCUUCCAUAGGAAUGAAGAUGGAAGUCUCAAGCACACCAUUACUGGCUGGUCCAUGAAAGAAGAUUUUCUUAUUUCAAAUUGGCAAGAGGAGGAGGAGGAUGUUGACGCAGAAGUAGAUUAUGAUGAAGAUGACAAGGCGGCAGAAGUUCACGCUAAAGAGCACGAUCCUCGAGUCUAUGUGACAUACAGUGUAUUUGCUAAUGAAAUCUGGCCCAAAAUGGUAAAAGGCAAAUGUCCAUAUAACCCAGCAUUGGUUUGGAAAGAAAUAAAAUCUUUUUUGAAGGGAUCUAUUGAAGCACUGAGCAGUCCCCAGGGCGUACUGAUGGAAGAAGAGUACAAAAAACUUGGCCGGAAGAGAUCUCCAGAUUUCAAAGAAGAUCGUAGUGAAAUUUAUCAACUUUUCUGUGUCUACCUUCAGAUAAAGUCUCAAAGAGGUUAUUUUGAUGAAGAAGAUCUCCUGUACAACUUGUCUCAAAGACUGAUGAGGCUUGAUGACCUGCCAUGGUGCGUCCAUGAACUUUAUGGGGAUGAAAUUCAGGAUUUCACUCAGGCAGAGCUUGUGUUGCUAAUGAAAUGUAUCGAUGACCCAAAUGCCAUGUUCCUGACUGGCGAUACAGCCCAGAGCAUCAUGAAAGGAGUUGCUUUUCGUUUCAGCGACUUGAGAUCCCUUUUCCAUUACGCUAGUAAAAACUCUGCCAUCAAGAAACAUCGUGUUGUACGGAAACCAAAAAGGAUAUAUCAGCUUUAUCAGAAUUACAGAUCUCAUUCAGGGAUUCUCCACUUGGCCUCAGGCGUUGUUGAUUUACUUCAGUACUAUUUCCCUGAAUCUUUUGAUCGUCUACCUAGAGACCUGGGUCUCUUUGAUGGGCCUAAACCCACUGUGUUGGAAUCUUGUAGUGUUAGUGAUUUGGCAAUUCUGCUGAGAGGCAACAAAAGGAAAACACAGCCAAUAGAAUUCGGAGCACAUCAGGUAAUACUGGUAGCGAAUGACAUGGCAAAAGAAAGGAUUCCUGAGGAACUUAAUUUGGCUCUUGUGCUGACUAUUUAUGAAGCGAAAGGCUUAGAAUUUGAUGAUGUGCUCCUUUACAACUUUUUCACAGAUUCAGAGGCUUACAAAGAAUGGAAAAUAAUUUCCCAUUUCACUCCUUCAUGUUAUUUCCCUGAAGAAAACAAACUGAUCAUUGAAACACCCUUGGAAAAAGAUGCUGAAGAUCAAGGCAAGCCUCAGGCUCUGAAUACAGAAAUGUACAAGAUGCUUAACGGAGAGCUAAAGCAACUAUAUACUGCUAUUACAAGAGCCCGGGUCAAUCUGUGGAUCUUUGAUGAAAACUGUGACAGGCGUGCACCAGCGUUUCAAUAUUUCAUCAGGCGAGAAUUUGUUCAGGUUGUCAAAACGGAUGAAAAUAAAGAUUUGGAUGAUAGUAUGUUUGUUAAAACAUCAACUCCAGAAGAGUGGAUUGCGCAAGGAGAAUAUUAUGCUAAGCACCAGUGUUGGAAGGUGGCAGCCAAGUGCUAUCAAAAGGGAGGAGCAGUUGAAAAGGAAAAGUUGGCUUUGGCGCAUGAUGCUGUGCUUAAAGUGCAGUCAAAGAAAUGCAGCCCCAAAGACAAGCAAAUGGAAUACAUGGAUCUGGCUAAAACCUACCUGGAAUGUGGUGAACCAAACCUGGCUCUCAAAUGCCUGAUUCAUUCCAAAGAGUACCAGCUUUGUGCUCAGCUCUGUGAAAAACUAGGAAGGGUGAAGGAUGCUGCAUAUUUCUAUAAAAGAGGCCAGUGCUACAAAGAUGCAUUUAGAUGUUUUGAACAGAUUCAGGAAUUUGAUCUAGCGCUUAAAAUGUGUUGCUCUGAAGACCUGUAUGAAGAAGCAGCGAAAUGUGUGGAAAGAUAUGAGAAGAUGCUCGGGAAAGAAAGGCAGCUGGCUUCAAAGCUUUCAUGCACGGCAAGCCAAUUUUAUCUAGAAGCUGCUGCCAAGUAUUUGCGGGCAAACAGGAUCAACGAGAUGAUGGCGGCGCUCUCCCACCUUGAUGCCGAAGACCAGCUUGUGUUCUUGAAAGAUCACAAAUACUUCCGUGAAGCUGCAGACCUGUUGAAGAGGGAAGGCCGAGAUGAAGAGGCAGCAAAGCUGAUGAAACAACACGGCUUUGUGUUGGAAGCAGCCAACCUCACUAACCAGAAAGAUUUCCGAGCAUCGUGUUUGCUUGCUGCCGCCCGCCUUAGCAUCACAGGUGUUCAUAAGCUGCAGAACUUAAAAGAGAUCUUGGAAGAAGCUUUGGAGUUGUGCAGACAAGCCAACCAAAAAUCUGGCAGUGCCGAGGCAAUGUAUCUGAUGGGAACUGAAGAGAAGGACUUCUAUAUGUUGAAGAAGGCCUUUCACAUGUUUUUGGAUGUGAAUCACCAUGCUGGUGCCAUUGAAGCACUUUUUGGAGCAACUCAGUGUGACGAAAAAAGUGAGAACAUCUUGAGAUUAGUAGCUGUAUAUGGCUUAGAAGCAAUUCUGAGUCUUGUCAAAGCUUUCCAGAAAACAGAUACGAAUGCUGAAAAAGAAAUGGUCAAGUCAUGUUUUGAUUACUUCGGGAUUACACUGAUAGAUAAAAAACUUUGCCAAGUGUCCCAGAAUGAAGCUGGAUGUAUUUUAGAGGUUUUGUCUGAACAUUUCAUCAUCAGAGAGAAGAAAACAAGUGACCAGUUCAUUGUAAGCCUGGAAGAAGUAAAAUCUGGUCUGAAUAAAUAUUUAUUGAAAAGGCUUAUUGCUGUUACUCACAACUUAUUUGACCGGAAUUUCCCCAAUAUUUGCAGGAAAUUCAUUGCCGGGUUGAAGUGUGAAGAAGAAAACUGUGAAGACUUCCACAGAACUCUGUCCCGUCAUGAGAUCAAAUCUAUAUUUCAGAGCAAAAGGCAUUUGGCUGCAAUAAAUGGUCUACUGUUGGAAGCAAAGCGAGUGUUCCCAAAAGAUGUGUUUUGUGAACCUAACCCCAUUGAUGAAUUUUUGACAGCUGAUAAAUAUGCAUUGUGUAAAUCCCUUAUAAAUGCCUUCUUUCCUAAACAUUUUCAUCUGAGAAUGGUGUCUGAAAACCCAGUGGCUUGCAAAGAGAUCCUAAGCCUUCACUGCAAUGGCUAUAGAACCUUAAAUCCUUGCAAAAUGGUGCUAAGGGAAUACAUCAGAUCGGAGUUUAAAAAUGAGACUACCCGAAACAGAAGAGAAUCAACCGAUCUGUGGCUUAGGGCGAUGCAUGUGUUUGCCUUGACUUCCAGUUACCCUGAAGAGUUUGAGAAGCUUGUUUUCAGUGAGGAAGACGAAUAUAACCGAGAAUUAAAGUUGUCUACAGAAAGGGGAAGAGUAAGACUGAAAGGUAUAGAGGAGUAUGGCAUGCUGAUGCUUGACAAAUAUGCAGAAAAUGCGGAAAGCACCUACUUGUGUUUCAUCCGACUCUUGCAGAAUUCCAUGGACCAGCUGUACAGUCACAGAAACGUUGAGGAAUGCAAAUGGCUGUUCUACCGCUUCAUGAACGUCCUGGUUGUGAAAUGCAUCGAUCCUUUGAUUCCAAGCAUAAGAAACACAGUGGCUUUACUAGAAUUUCAGUUUGUCUUAGGUUGUGCUGUCCUGAUGCGUCUUUGCAAAAACAUGACUCUUUGCCUUCCCAAGAGUUACAUUUCUCUCUUCCACUACUGGGAUUUUUUAUUCAGAAGAGGAGAUCAUUACAAAGACUUCACGUAUUCAGUUAUACAAGACUACAAGCCAGAAGACACAAAGAAAGCCAUCAGAGAUUUUAAAAAGCACCUGAUGUAUUUAGCUGAUGUUCUGUGUGGCUAUGAAAACUUCAGUGUACUUGUGGAUGCUUUUGGUGAUCUUGAUUAUAUCACAUCAGGAGAAGCUGAGCGUACUGUGGUGCUUUGCUUAGUGAUGUUGAUAAAUGCAGACCAGGUGCUCAGCUGGAAAUGCAAAAUGAUGUUAGUGAAACACUUUCCCACCAUCAAGGAAGGUCUUCUGGAACUGAAAAAGGACUGCCCUUCCAGAGUGCCUGAAAGAUUACUUAAGAUUGUGGGCCUGAUGAGUGAAGCGACAGAGGUUAAAGAAGUAGUAGAAGGCCUAAAAGAGCUCUUGUAUUGCCGAGACGAGGAAUUUUUAGCUGACUGUCAUUGGAGGUGGGAUCCUAAAGGAGCAAGGGGAACCUGGCAUGAGGAUAACAAACUGUUGAGAGGCAUCUAUUAUGAGGUUGCAGACUUGGGCAGAUUCACAUAUCUCAGCCAGGCAGAUGAUUUUGAAGAGCCGGAAAUGGACUUUGAAAAGGAUGUCUAUGUUGAAGAGAGAAUGGACCCGCUGGCUAACAUUGCCUCCUUAAGGCAGCAGAAGCAACAGCAGAAAGCCUCAGCCAAGCGGAAGUUGCGGUGCCUCUUCUUGUUUGUUCGCUGUUGUGUUCGAUGGAAAAGGGUUUCCAGGUCAAAACCGGAAUCCUUGGAAAUGGCAUCGGGUGUCUUUAAAAAAGCAGAUAUUGAUCGAACGCAGUGCGAUCUGUGUGGAGUGAAGUUCCUCCAAAGUCCUGACAACUUAAUUGCUCAGAAAGAAGACUCUGAGAAAGAACCUGCCGAAGUGACAAAGCCAGUAGAGGGUGACUGGGAAGAGAAUGUGGAAAGAAACGAAGGCAUUAUUGCUGGUGAAACUUUUGAGAGCCAUAUAAUCCUAGAUGAGCAUAAAAAUAAAUACACUUCUUAUCAAAGAUACUUAGAUUUUUUCAAAAAGGAGGUGGAUCCAGUAAUACGUGAUGGAAGAGCUGUAGUGGAAAGCAUUGGAGAAAAUACAUGCAUCAGAAGUCAUUUUGCAUCUAAAGAACGUUUUAAAGUAGAGCGAAGAAAAAUCCAAGAAGCUAUCAAGAAGAUUUCUGAUACAGUGGAAGACAUCUACAAGAGAAAAGCAUGGUCGGAUGCUGAAGAAACGAUGUCCAAGUUGGCUAGGAAUUUGUGUACUAACCUAGACGAUGCACGCGAAUGGCAGAAAACAGAGUCCAGCCUACUACAGGAGGAAGAGUUUGACCAUGACAAAGACUUGGACAAUGAAGUGAAAGAUGAGGAGAUCAACUUUGAAGAACUGCACCGCAAGAAGCCCUCACGAAAAAACAGAAGGCACAGAAAAUAAUUUUUAAAACGCUGACGUCUUUCUGCCCUGAUUUGGGCUCUCUUUUAUUUACAUUUGAAAAAUGAGCAUUGAAAUGUAUAAACUAAAGUUAAAUGUGCCCACCAAGACUCCCCCCCUUUUUUCCCUUUGUAAUUGGGAUAACAACCAGUUCAAUAGUGAUCAUGGCCAGAUUUUUAAGUGUACUCAGAGAAGCUGAAUUGCAGAUGCAGUCAGAUCCACAGGAAGACAGUAUCUGGAAUCACACGUUCGCCAGAGACUCAAGUCUCAGCUGGACAGCUAAAGCAGUUGGGAAGAAGAUGUUGUUUGAAGUAAUUCUGUCGUUAGAAGCCAAAACCAGAGAGGAGAAAAGACCAUUCCCUCCUUUUCUACUUUCUAUUUUCCACCGUUUAGUUCCAUUAUUUACCUGACAGCUACCCUAAGAAUUCUUCAAGUUUCAUUGAAGGUUACAUUUUCAGGAAUUUCAGAAAACAGCUUAAGCCAAAAAAAAAAAAGCCCCCUGUAAGUGUUUGCUUUUUCCAGAGCCUUGCAAAACUAGAAAGUGACAACAGACUUGUUUGUCCCCCACACUGCCUUUUUUAAUACAUAUAAGCUGUUCUUUACAAGGUGUAAAAAAAAAAUAUGGUGUGUCUUUUUCAGGGAGUUGUGGUUUAUAUUCAUUUUAAAUUUGAAAGACUUUGUACAUUUUAAAUGCCAAAAAAAUUAAAAAUUGCAUUACAUUUUUAAAAAAAAAUAAAGGAGGAACAUUGCUGCA